CUGAACGACGGAAGUAUAUGUGCGACGGACAAGCAUGGGUACCCGAGUUGCUGCACGUCAGGUUCUUCGGUGGGCCGAGAUAAAUGCCACCUCCUCUGUGUUCAGUCCCCUGCAGCCUCUGUGCACCGGGUGCAGAUUGCUCUGCACCUCCAGCAGCCAGAAUACUCUGCAGCAACUCAGCCAUGAAGUCGCUCCUCAACCCAGGAAGCCAGUCGCGGAUCUGUCCCUCCGCUCUCUGGUUGAUAUGGGGUUCACAGACUCCCAGGCAGAGCGGCUCUGCCAAGCCACGUCCGAUCUCAGAGGAGGAAGUGUGGCCCGACAUGCUCUGUCAACCCUCACGGCUCUGUUUGUCCUGGGCCUCAACCCUUCCAGUGUGCUGAAAGUGCUGGAGAAAUGUCCUGAACUUUACACAAUCAAUGAGUCGCAGCUCCAGCAGCGCAUAGGCAACCUGCGAAAAUUAGGUUUGGUUGAAGGUAGUCUGCAGAGAGUGGUGUGCUAUCACCCCCAGAUCCUGAGUGUGCCUGUGAAGACCAUAAAGAGUGUGGUGUUGUUCCUCAGAGAGAAGUGCCAGUUUACCGUCCAGCAGGUCACCGACAUCCUCAGAGAUAGUCCAGCCGUGUUCCAGGAAGAGAGGGUUCAGCUGGAGUACAAAUUUCAGUACGCCUACUUCCGGAUGGGUGUCAAACAGGCGUGGAUGGUGAAGUCCCGGUAUUUUCGUUUCCCUCUGGACGAGGUGCGCGGUCGACACGGUUUUCUGGAGCGCAGGGGCCUGUAUCAAACCCCGGACAAGAAGGGCCAGACGCUCAUCAUCAACCCCAAACUGGACGACAUCUUCAACGUCGACGAGGACGGCUUCCUCACACAUGUUGCCAACGCGUCGGCAGAGGAGUACCAAGUAUUUUGUAAAAUGCUGGCAAGAGAGUGGCAGGAAGAACAGCGUCAGCAUGGCAGCGUUGAAGCCGAUGGCGACGAUGAUGAGAUCGAGGAGGAUGAAGAGGACGAAGAGGAUGAGGAGACUUCAGGGAGAGGUGGCUACAUGAAGAGGAGAAAGAAAUGACAGCGCGUUGUGGGAAGGGCUGAGAGAACUUGUUCAAAGAGGAAGUUGCUUGAUUUAGAAAAUGACAUAUAUGAUGGUGAUGAAUGAACUAAUAAAACAUUUUAAUGUA